ACACCCCGCGGCAACAUGACAGACGGGAGCCGGGAGGAGGUGUGAGGUAUGAGCGAGUGCGUGCUGGUGUGAGUACGUGACAGGACGCGUACGUGGCGGGGUGAGGAAGAGAAGAGGGGAAUAAUAUGUAAGUGCACGGACCGGGGUGAUUUGUACGUGGUUAUAGUGUCAUGGAGGAGCACGUGUGAGGGGGCAACCAGCACGGCCAUGACCACCUGUUGCAGCCACUGUCCGGCCAUGAGGGGAGCAUAGUGUGGUGUCUCCAGGGCCGUGUGAGGCGCCCCUGCACCCUCUGGAAGGUUACACCUUAGAAUAGGCUUUAUUACAACAACAGCAAGAUGGCAGGUAUUGUGGAGAAGCUCACGCGGCGGAAAGUGGUGGAUUUUGGCCACUCUGAACUACGGCGAGUACUGGGCAUCCUGGACCUCACCAUGCUGGGUGUGGGCUCCACCAUUGGGGUUGGCAUCUACGUGUUGGCGGGUGAGGUGUCUCGCAGCACCAGUGGACCGGCUGUCACCAUAUCUUUCCUCAUUGCUGCCAUUGCCUCCCUGUUUGCUGGACUGUGUUAUGCUGAAUUUGGGGCAAGGGUUCCAAAGGCUGGGUCAGCAUACAUCUACACAUAUGUCUGCAUCGGCGAGUUUGUGGCAUUCAUCGUUGGAUGGAACUUGAUCCUGGAGUAUGUUAUUGGGACAGCGAGUGUGGCGAGAGGCUUCAGUCAGUAUGUUGAUGCUCUGGCCAAUGACUCAAUAGAAAAUGCAUUCUACAAUGCGAUGCCGCUGGUGUCUGAGGAUAAAUACUAUGACAGCUUUCUCUCCCCAUAUCCAGACUUCUUGUCAUUUGGUCUGGCACUUGUGUUAUCAGUGACAUUGGCGCUGGGGGUGAAGGAGUCUUCCACCAUGAACAACAUAUUCACCGGCAUCAACAUCAUCGUGAUCCUCUUCGUCAUCAUCGCUGCCGGAACACAAGCCAACACUUACUACUGGAGCAUCCCCGAGGAUGAGGUUGAGGAAGUGUGCAACGUCACUGCAUCUGACCCUGGUGCAAAUGAGGACUGGGGAACAGGAGGCUUUGUGCCCUUUGGCUUUGAAGGAGUUAUGGAGGGCGCUGCCACCUGCUUCUUUGGCUUUGUCGGCUUUGAUGUUAUAGCCACUACAGGUGAGGAAGCCCUGAACCCAUCCCGCACCAUACCCAUCUCCAUCGGCCUCUCCCUCUUCAUCAUUUUCCUGUCGUACUUUGGUGUAUCGGCAGUCAUCACACUUGCUGUCCCGUACUGCCUGCAGGAUAAAGAUGCUCCCUUGGUUGUUCUUUUUGAUGAAGAGAACAUUGGUUGGCCAGCUGCCAAGUGGUUUGUUAGUAUUGGUGCUCUGUUUGGAUUCUCUGCAAGUCUCUUUGGGGCCAUGUUCCCUCUGCCUCGGGUUAUUUAUGCAAUGGCCAGUGAUGGUCUGGUGUUCCGCUCUCUGUCCAGCAUCAGCAAGAAGUUCCAGACGCCCACCCUGGCCACCGCACUCUCUGGCUUGUUUGCUGGUUUAAUGGCAAUGCUCUUCAACCUGGAUGCCUUGGUGAACAUGAUGAGUAUUGGAACGCUGAUGGCAUACACCAUUGUGGCAGUGUGUGUCAUGCUCCUCAGGUACACAGACAAUGAGUUUAAUGAUGACAAGUCGGAGUACACGCUGCUGUCUUCCUCGUACAGAGUGGAUGACGACGAGGAGGAGGCAGGAGGCAAGAUAAUGUCUACUUUGACAGGUGAAUCCUCCCACAGUGCCUCAGAGUAUGUUAACCAGUUCUUCAACACCAAGAGACUCAGCAAACCCACCGACCUCACUGCUUCACUCGUCACCUAUGCCAUCCUCAGCUUCUGUGCGCUGAUGCUGGUGUUUGACGUGCUGCUGGUGACCCUGGGGAGCAAACUGGCUGAAGGGAAUGGUUGGGCCAUUGCUGCCAUUGUCAUCGUUGGUGCCCUGAACAUACUCAAUGUCUUAAUCAUUGCCCUACAGCCUCAGUCUCAAAAACAGCUCUCAUUCAAGGUUCCGCUGGUGCCAUGGUUGCCGGCCUUCAGCACCUUCAUCAACCUGUACCUGAUGUGCAACCUGAAGGUGGACACCUGGAUACGUUUUGCAGUGUGGAUGGCCAUUGGCUUCCUUGACUAUUUUGCCUAUGGCUUGAUGAACAGCUCUUUGAAUAAGGGAGGGAAUGCCAAUCAAGGCCAUGAAAACCUUGGCUACCUUAGUGACAACCUCAACAAGCAGCAGCUGGUCAUCCCUACCAUUGAGAUCCAGCCUGCCACACCUCUCAGUUCUGAACCCAACACGCCAGUCGUUAAACCCAAGAAACAGAAGACCCCUCCGCCCCCCUCCCCACUUGCUGCAGCAGAGACACAAGGGGACAGCAGUGUUGGCUCUCAGAGUAGCAAGACAAGUGGAAAUGAUCUUGAUGGCCCCAUCUAUCCUGUGAGUGCUGCAGCUAUCGUUGCAUCGCUCAUGACGGGUGAAGAUGACAAAGAGAAGAAUACUGAGGAUGAUACAGACAAAGGGAAGGAUACAGACAGCGAAGAUGGCGAUGACAAAAUUAAAAAGAAAGAUGAAGGGAACUCAGGUAAUAUGGAGAAGGAGGAGGAAAAGAUGAGAGGAAGUGGUAGUCCUGAGUUGAGUGUUGUUAAUGAAGUGUCACAGGAUGGUGCUGAUAAAGCCCUGCAGCCCAUCAUUAUAGGCAGCCCACAACUGCCAGCUGAAACAUCUGCCCCAUUUGACUCAACUGACUCUGGGAAGACUGAGGAAAACACCAAAGAAGAGGAUAAAAAAAUGGAUGUUGAAAAAUUAGAUGAUGAGAAACCAGACAGUAAAACUGAAGAUAAAGAAAAGGAAGACAGCAUCAAAGACAAAGACACCAACGGGAAAGAUAAACAUGUCAAGCCUCCACCCCUGGAUCUCUCCUCUGCCAACCCUCAAAAUAGUAAUGAGGAAUCUUCAGGUAUACCUCGAGCUUUCUACUCAUCACCAGAAUUUUCACCACCUCAGUCCCCACCACCCUCUCCACCACCCUCUUCUCCUGCCUCCUCAUCACAUCCCCCUCCCACCCUUGCCCGCUCAGUGUCAGAAAACACCCACAUUCGCAGUGUCCCCACAACCCCAGUAGGAAGAAGACAUCCGGUGAAGGUGCUCCGCCGCAUGUCCAGCUUUGAUGACAUUCCUCCUUCCUCUCCUGACAGUCCCUUUGCCAAGCGUGUAGCCAGUUUUGUGGUCAUUCCUGUCAAGGAGCCAGGAAUGGAUUCUACUGCAAGCAGCAUCCCAGCCUCACCCUCCACUAAGGAGUCGACCCUCUCCCAGGAAAACCUGUCUAAGGCUGUGGAUGUGCUUAACAAAUACAAGAGGGAUGAGGACAAGAUAUUGUUCACAGUUGGGAGUGUUGACUCUCUCGACAGCCUUUCCCCUGAACCAGGUGAUGAUGUUGAGUUCCUGUCUCCCAGAAGGGAGUUGGACCCUAUCAGGGAACGUGGUGAGAGUAAGAUAUAUGCAAAUGACAUAGACAAGACAGAAAUUAACCCGUCACCAGAAGAAGCCACUAAAUCAGAUGUAUCUGACAUACACUCACCAAAGACAGACACUCAAAACAAAGAAGGAAACAAAUAACCAAUAUGGAAGAAGAGGGCAAAUUUUCCGUUGAUGAGCUCCUCACUGCAGCUCAAGAAAGCUGCUUGUGCAUUAAGGGUCAUACCUCUGCCUCAACAGAGGGCAUCCAGAGAGAAGCUUCCAUUAAGUAUAAUACAGAACUGGAGUGACGUGGUUGGUAGUGGCAAAUAAUAAGGACACAAUCUUAUCAUUUCAUAUUCCAGUUCAUGUCAGCUACCCAGCUGGGUUCCAGAUGUAGGCUAAGAGUGAGCAAGAUAUAGGGAAUGCAGAUAUCUCAGACUAAGUUAGAGGUGCAUGAGGAGGUCCCAGGCAGCCCAGUAUCUGGUGGCCCAGAAAACCUUACUCACUGCCCUUGCUUUUUAUUCACCACACACACCCAUAUUUUUAGCUUGAAUAGGAUAGUUUUCUUCACUUGUGAUAUUUUUAAAACCAGUUAUAAUUUGGUUUGUGUGUGUUCAUUGAUCAUCUCACACACAGGUAAAUUUCUUAUGUUUCCAUUAUCCAUAUUUUAUUUCAGUUUGUAAUAUUGAGCAAAAUUUCUCCCACAUACAUUUAGUACUGUAUAAACAUAUUCAAGGUAACUCCAUACAUUUAUACUACAUGCCAAAAAUAAAAGUUAAGAUGGCUGUGCUUUGAUUCUGGAAGAAAUCAUGAUAUUUCCACGAUUUUUGAUUUUUGCUUGAAACCUAAUGUUUUGUUCUCUCUGCAGCCACAAAAGUGUGGUUUGGAAGUAUUUGGUGGUAAGGGCAGCACUGGGCAGCUGAUUUGUGUUUUUUUGUGCAAAGAAUGAGAUUUAAGAUCAAAUAUUGAGUUGUGAUAUUUUAGAAAAUUACAUAACAAACGGAUCAUUUAAUUUCAGUGUUCAUUAAAUUUUCACACUAUAAUGAAUUUUGGUGCCUUUAUACACCUAACAAAGACAGGGAAUGGGAAAUGUUCAUAUCAUUGUAUCACGGUUUUCCUUGUCCAGGACGAGGCACGCAGACACUUGUCAAGUCAAGAAACCAUGUCACAAUGUAUUGCACGAUGUAUUCCUAAUCUUGAUCUUCUGUCUGGUUAUUGACAUGAAGAUUUUUGAGUCUGCUCUUGAGGAUUAGAUGGAUAAAGUGUCAAAUGUCCAGAAAGUAAUUGCCAUUGUGAUUUGCAAAACUUGUGUAUAUAUGUUUUAAUUACUAGUAAUUAUUAAAGAUUGUUUUUAUGUGCAAUGUCUACAUAUUUUAUUCAUUGUAAUAUUAUGUAUACAUAAUAUUUGUAUAGAAUAUUUAUAAAUUUUGUGAAAUAGCCUCAGGUAUAAAUAGGCUUAAUUUUCAAGUGAGGGUAUACUGCACUGUAUGCUGCAUGAAACGCGUCACAAGUGUUGGAGUGACUGGGAAAUGUUGGCGGCACCAGUUGUGUGCACCGUGGACUCUAACAACCAUUUCGGAAAAUAAAAGAAAACCAUG